AUGCCUGACCAACCGAUCCCACUCCCCGACAUGUCAAGUGUCCAACACCCAGCGAAUGUGUAUUACUUCCGCCCCUACAGUUUCUACUGGCCCGCGGUCUUCAUCUUCGUUGGCGCGUUUGGUUGUUCCGGCCUGACUGGGACCGUGGACACUCACAUCAGUAUCCUCCUCUGGACCAUCUACAUAAUCUGCUUUCUUAUUAUCCUUUUGAUCGACCCUCUAUGCAUUUUCGAACAGAAACAAAUUGAUGAAAAUGGGUGUCCUUUUACUGUACGCCGCCCGCUGGUCGGGUUCCGCUCCUGUGAGCAGGUCGUACCUCUAGAAGUCCUUGAGAGGGGGCCCUAUCGUGUAGAGGACGACGAAUACCAGCCUCGUCUUCAUGAUGGAUAUCGCUACGGGCCCGCAUUCUGGCGCAUCUAG